AUGAGUUUUCCACUUCCAUUACCAAGAACUCCUCCUCCCAAAACCAAGCUUCCUAGAAUACCAAAUGCUCCACAAUCGCCAACAAAAUUAUGUUCUAAAUCUUUGCCUACUGUGUUAGAGAUGACAACAUCAACACCAGAAAAGGAUACUGCAUUCUCACAAUCAACAUUCCCACCAAUACGUUUAUUUGAUCGUGCAUGGUCAUUGACCACUGAUGAUAGUCACAUUCCAGUGUACGAUCUACUCAAACUAUUACAUAAUUUACGAUUGGAAUCACUACACGACAUGAACGAAGAUUAUGAACUAAUUCACAUGGAUGAUAUGGUUAUCAAAUCACGAAUAGUUGAGCAAACGGAAUUUUUACACGAAGUUAAUAAAGAACAAGCAUACCAGAUAAUAUAUCAGAGCUUCCAAGAUACCAAGGAGGUUUUGAAGAAUAAUGAGAGUCUAAAUUUGCAAUAUGAUAUUUUUAACAAUCAUUAUGAUCUGAUGAUGAUGAGGAUAAGUAAUAAUGGAAGUCAAGAAGACAAUGACGAAGAAGAUUAUGAUGAGACAGCAACGUUAAUGGAAAUAGCCCAAAACUCCCCCUUACAAGAAGAUUAUGAAGAUGUUCUUAUUCCACAACAAAUAUCAAAUUGGGUAAAGCCAAAUAUAAAAUUAGCACUAACAGAAUUAGAACAGUUCCAUAUUAAACUAAAUAACCAGUAUUUGGUGUUAGAAAAUGAUUUACGACAAAUAAAACUGAAAAACGAUUUGGACCUAAAGGAGUUACAAGUAUUGGUUGGUAAAAAUGACCAUUUGAUAAAUAAAUUAAACGAUAUCAGAGAAGAACUAUCAGGCAUCAAUAAUUGUUUGAUGGACUAUAGAGAUCAAUUUGAUAUGGAUAGUUUCAUAGUAUGCGAUAAUGAGAAAACAAAAGAAUGGAAAUCACAGUUAUUGAAUGAUGAUAAUGAUGGGGAAUUAUUGGCUUCCUGUCUCCAAUCAAUUGACAUAACUGCAAAAGAAGCGUUAGAAGUUGAUAUCAAACUGAGUUGGUCCCUUGAUAAUACCCCGCUUACAAGAGAAACAAGAGUUUACGAGAAGGAUCAUAUUUUUGUGUUAGAGAAUAAAGAAGUUACAACCAAUGUGCAACAAGUUGGGAUGUCUGUACCUAAAACUGACGAUAUUAGUGGUGUCAAGACAGUAGAUAUAGUACAGAUAACUUCAACUAUACCGCUAACGGUUGACAAUGAAACUAGUUGCCAUACCGAAGAAUCUAAAUUGGUAGAAUCUCACAUAUCAAAUCCCAAAGCCACUGAUAUUCGAAAGAAGGGUAAGAUUAGUAGACAUAGUCACUACCUUGUUAUUGUGGCUAUAGGUGUUAUUGUUGCUUAUUUUAAAAGCAUGCUUUAA